UUUUAAAAAGUUGCAGGGAAAGCGAGGAAGAGGCAGAGGCGCAGAGGGCACCGAGCAGGGCUCCCAUCUCCAGCGAGGCCGGAGGCGACGCAGGCAGGAUGUCCGCCGCACACUUCAACCGGGGACCGGCCUACGGGCUGUCAGCGGAGGUCAAGAACAAGCUGGCCCAGAAGUACGACCCCCAGCGGGAGCAGGAGCUGCGGCUGUGGAUUGAGGACAUGACGGGGGAGCGCCUUGCAGACAACUUCAUGGAGGGGCUGAAGGACGGUGUCAUCCUGUGCAAACUCAUCAACAAACUGCAGCCCGGCUCCGUGAAGAAGGUGAACGAGUCCACGCAGAACUGGCACCAGCUCGAGAACAUCAGUAACUUCAUCAAGGCCAUCACCAAGUACGGCGUGAAGCCACACGACAUUUUCGAAGCCAACGACCUCUUUGAGAACACGAACUACACCCAGGUGCAAUCCACCCUGAUCGCCCUGGCGAGCCAGGCCAAGACAAAAGGCAACAAAGUGAACAUGGGUGUCAAAUACGCCGAGAAGCAUCAGCGCCGAUUCCAGCCGGAGAAGCUGAAAGAAGGACGGAACAUUAUCGGGCUGCAGAUGGGCACCAACAAGUUUGCCAGCCAGCAGGGCAUGACGGCGUACGGCACCCGCCGGCACCUCUAUGACCCCAAACUGGGCACAGACCAGCCCCUGGAUCAGGCCACCAUCAGUCUACAAAUGGGCACCAACAAGGGAGCCAGCCAGGCGGGCAUGACGGCCCCAGGAACCAAGCGGCAGAUCUUCGAGCCCAUGCUGGGCAUGGAGCACUGCGACAGCCUCAACGUCUCCCUGCAGAUGGGCAGCAACAAGGGCGCCUCGCAGCAGGGCAUGACCGUGUACGGGCUGCCACGCCAGGUCUACGACCCCAAGUACUGCCUCCAGCCCAACUACGCCAUGGUUGGCGAGGACGAGUACAACCACAGCCAACACAACUUCUACAACUCCGAAUGAGGGGCCGGGCCGGGGCCUGGACUGAUCAGAGACACACGCAACCAGGACGCUAGAAGAAACUUUUUAAAAAAAAAAACAGCAAGUGAUCACUUUAAAAAAGAGGAAUAAGAGGAAAUCCCGACUGCUCCCCCCAACGCUAACCUGCUCACAGAGGGUCCCCCAACCCAGCUCCCCCAACCCUAGAAACAAACCCCAACCCCCGUCAGAUUUCCCGCCCCCCUUAUUUAAGUUGUUUUUCAAUGUAUAACCCAGCACUUGACAAUGCACGGCCAUAGAGCAAGGCUCAGUUCAAUCAGGAGUAGUUGGGGUGGGGGAGAAGGGUAGAUGUAGACAUGAAAAGCCAGAAACAUUAGUGCUUUUUCACCAUUAGCACUAGUGUCUCGGCUCUGAGACACUCACCCCCCCCCCCCACCCAAGUGAUCUAGAAAUGCUGCCGCCCCCAGCCCCUUUCCUAAAGUAAGGGGAACAAACAAGUUGGUGAAAUGAACCGGCCUACGAUUGCAUUCACUGCUCUAGGUAGAGUGCUUCCUGCUUGACUGUCCAGGUAUCCCCCCUGCCCCCAGGCACCCACCCUGCAAUCCCAGGUGUGUAACACCCCUAGCGGUAAAAAGCAACAGAGGGUCCUGUGGCCCCUUUAAGACUAACAGAAGUAUUGGAGCAUAAGCUUUCGUGGGUGAGUGCCCACUUCGUCAGACGCAUGUACCUAGCGGUAGUGGUCUGAGCGGAGCAAACACGGGGGAGGGAUGGGACUAGCAGUACAGAAGGAGACGGAGCACGUUCAAGUUUAAACACACGCACUCCCCGGUCUCUGUCAAAGGUUCUCCUAACAUUUCUGGGCUUUGAAAAGGGACAGAUGCCAUUUCUGUAAAUAAGAUUCUCCGUGUGUGUAUAUAAGAGACCCACUCUAUAUACACCGCCCCCCCCACACACACUUUCCAUCUACCACCAGGACAGCACCCUCGACUAACAAGUUUUUGUGUCGGCAGGUUUUCCAGUUGCAAGUCUAAGUGAGAAACCCUCCCCCCGCACACGAACACUGUUGAGCUCCUGGAAGGGUAACCUUGCUCAUCCACCUCUGCUAUUGCCCGUGUUGGUAGGAGUAUUUUGGUGACAAUGUAAUGUAUGGGGAAAAUAAGAGUGUGAACUACUGAGAUAAGCCACUACAUUGCCUACAAGAUGGGCUGCCUUUAAAAGCCUAGGAAUAUUCCCCUUACUCUGCAUGCUGGCAAACUAAACACUUU